UGCACCCGGCGCCUCCUACCCCCUCCUCCACAUCCUCCUCUUUGUGAGAGGCUCUGACAGGAGCUGCAGUGUGUAUUGGCCACUCUGCGGUGCUUCAGAAUGGCGGAGGGGGGCGACAGGUGCAGUUGAUACGCGAUGCUGAACGGGGACCGCGGGGGAUGGACCGACUAAUCAACCCCGCCGCUCAUUCUGUCAGCAUCAGGACCACAGCCAGACAGAUUUGGACUUAGAAUUCUAUCUUCAGGAAAUAUUAGACCGCAAUAAACUUCACCACUACGAGAUGGAGAUAUAAGGGGACAUAUAUGGAACACCUUACCUUUUUAGGCUAAUUUAUGAAAUUGUUGAAUCUGUCUUGAAGACUCGUGUUCCAUAGUGUGCUUGUCAUAUUUGCUGCGAGUGAGGCGACACACGUCGGUAGUCUGCCAUCAUUGAAAUGCGUAAAAACGACCCUUUAACCAAAUCAGCUAUGCGUCUUAUUUUUGACAUAUUAGCGUGUGAAUGCGUUGGGCUGUGGAGACAUUAGUGAGCAAAUCCCAGGAUGUUUUUAUUGGUGUUUUUGUCGCCGCUGCGUGACGGUGUGUGUUCAGAACCCCCGAUCGUUUUCCAUACCAUCUUUCAACACUACGGCAGCCUGCGUGCCUCAAAGCUAAAACAAUAACGUGAUAACGGGACACUGUACCGGACUGGGGACUGACUGGAUCGGUGUUGCCGCGGUGCACCAGACAGAACAGGCCAGCCUUGCACUCAACCGUCUGAAGAAAAGGAACAUAGAGGCGGAUUCCCUCACUAUAUAAAAUACGUCAUCUUAUCAAAUCGACAAAAAAAAAUUGGGAUUAUUCGAGCAUAUGGAGAGAGAGGAUCAAUGAUUAUUUCCUCAAGGCUUCUUCAUAUCCUCCUUCAACCCUGCAGCACAAGACAGGCAAGAAGAAGUAUGGAGGCAGAGAAUGCUGCAAUCUACUGACUGGAAGAUGGGACUCUGACCCCUUCAAGAUCACCUGACCUGAUUGGACCAACCGGAUGUUCAAGGCGCCAACCGACGUCUCUGGCAGGGCAAAACCAGGAACUAUAACGUCUUGAUCCUCUAGAAGGACCUUUUUAAAGUCGCCCCUCUCCCCCCCACGUCCUUCCGGUGGGGGGGAGGGCAUUGCAGUGAGCCUAUCACAGCUCGGGAUUUGGUCAAUUCAUUAGCCAGUUAGCCUAUCACAGCUCAAGACUGGUCUCUUUGUUAGCCGGUUAGCCUAUCACAGCUCAGGACUGGUUCUUCAUUAACCAAAGCCUAUCACAGCUCAGGACUGGUCCCUUCACUAGCCAGUUAGCCUAUCACCUGUGAGGUUACUGAGACCAGGACCAGACCGGCAGCAUGGAGCCUAGUCAGGGUCACGGCCAGGGCAGCCCAGAGAGCACUAACCGGGCUGUGGAGUAUCUCCUGGAGCUCAACAACAUUAUAGAGAGCCAACAGAAGCUCCUGGAGACCCAGAAAAACCGUAUCGAUGAGCUGGAGGUUCAAUUAGACCGACUGGCCCAGGAGAAUAAAGACCUACGCCUCGACCGCCAGCGACCUUUACCCUCUGAACCCCCACCGCCACCCUGCCCCCCGCCACCGCCUGCCACCAAAACCAACACAGCCAUACCCUCUGUACCAGUCCGCCCUGUUCAGGCCCAGUCUUAUAAUCGUACCAGUACCAACACUACAGCCAUACUGACCCCCAACCCCGCAGCCCUUCCACCCCCACCCCCGGUGCCUGCACGGGAUCAACGCAAACCUCAAACCCCCAAGACCCCACGCCGUACGCCCCACACGCCCCAAACCCCCAAACGUACUCCGGUCACCACCCAGACCCCCCGCACUCCGCAGACCCCCAAACGUACUCCAGUCACCACCCAGACCCCCCGCACCCCACAGACCCCCAAACGGACCCCCCACACACGGCUGACGCGAACCAUCUCGACCGGAACAGGCACCAGCUUCGUGGAGAUGGAGAAAGAGAGACUGGAGAGGAUGGAGGAAGAGAGGACAGAGAGACUUCACAGCUCCACCUUGGGAAAUCCCACCAGCCACCACCAUCACCACAGCCACAGACAGUCAGACGGAAACUUCAACAAAGACAGGUCACCACCUUAUUCCGCUUGUUGUGCUACUUCUUCUCGUUCCAAUCCACCUACCACCACCUCCGUCACUACUCCUGUUCCUAGUCCUACCUCCUCUCUCCACAGCAGCCUGACAGCUAACAGUCAGUCCAGCUCCACCCUCCACCAGUACUGUUGCCCUGCCCGGCUGCUCCUGCCAAAGCCGCAUUGCGCCCUCUCUUCAUCCAGGCACUCCGACCAGGCAAGAGAUGAUGAAGAUGAUGACAUCGCCCAUCAGUUCUGUUGCCCCGCCUCCGAGUGCAGUAGUCCGUCCUCUAGGUAACAAGCAGAUGACCCCCCCCCAUUAUUAACCCUUGACCUCCAAAUAACCUCACAGAGACAGAGGAAGAUGCUGAAGGAAACAACUGAACACAACUCGUUCGUUGGGGUUUAAAAAAUAAUAAUAAUAAUCUCUUACAAUGCUCAAACCUGGCUAAUCUCAGCUAAACUGAACUGUAGUCUGGGACUUGGGGCCUGGUCUGGACAAUAUCCCUACCUAUCUGACUGUACUACCUACCCUGUCCUUUGCACUAACUAGCAUGUCACCCUCGCAACCUUGUCCCUCCCUGCUCGCCCUGCUCUUUUGAACUGAAUGACAAAAGGCUGUCCUGAUUGGUUGAAUUCUCAGACUCUGACCUUUGAACUUUUAGCCUGGACAGUGUCCGAAGAGGAUUCACGUACAGCCACCAGCCAGGUCAACUAAUGAUGAAGAGAUGAUGAAGGAAGGGAAAAAACCCCCGAAAAUUAACCUUUCCGAUUUUUUUCUCUCUCUACGUCCUUUAUACUGUCCUCUAGUGUCUGUAUGCUGUUUCUCUUUACUCCUUUAAAUCUCACUCCUUCUUGUCUUUUAUCUGCUUGUGAACCUUCCUCUUUCCUUCUCUUGUUCGGUGAGAGAGCACAUGGUGCUUGCCCCCAUUACAUUUUACAACUCUAUUUUAACCAUAGCGAGAAGAAAAGGACUACCGCAAAUCUUCCUAAUAAGAAAAGCUCUUAGUUUCCAACUCCUCAAACCUUUAAAUAUUGGAAUGUUUUGGGAACAGAAGAGUUCUGCUUUAUGAGCAAAAUAUCUGAAAACAGAUAUUUUUUUAAUUUUUUUAAGUUAAUAAAACAUAUUUUAGUUUGAGUUCCUUUAUCAAUUUAAAAAAAAAAUGUUUUAAGAAUACGGAAAUACAAUGGUUCUCUACUAGUUUGCAGCAUAGACACAUUAAAAUAUUUAUAUAUUAGUUAUAUAUUAGGUUUGCCCCAAACCCAGUUAUAUAUUAGGUCUGCCCCAAACCCAGUUAUAUAUUAGGUCUGCCCCAAACCCAGUUAUAUAUUAGGUCUGCCCCAAACCCAGUUAUAUAUUAGGUCUGCCCCAAACCCAGUUAUAUAUUAGGUUUGCCCCAAACCCACUUAUAUAUUAGGUCUGCCCCAAACCCAGUUAUAUAUUAGGUCUGCCCCAAACCCAGUUAUAUAUUAGGUCUGCCCCAAACCCAGUUAUAUAUUAGGUUUGCCCCAAACCCAGUUAUAUAUUAGGUCUGCCCCAAACCCAGUUAUAUAUUAGGUCUGCCCCAAACCCAGUUAUAUAUUAGGUCUGCCCCAAACCCAGUUAUAUAUUAGGUCUGCCCCCAAACCCAGUUAUAUAUUAGGUCUGCCCCAAACCCAGUUAUAUAUUAGGUCUGCCCCAAACCCAGUUAUAUAUUAGGUCUGCCCCAAACCCAGUUAUAUAUUAGGUCUGCCCCCAAACCCAGUUAUAUAUUAGGUCUGCCCCAAACCCAGUUAUAUAUUAGGUCUGCCCCCAAACCCAGUUAUAUAUUAGGUCUGCCCCAAACCCAGUUAUAUAUUAGGUCUGCCCCAAACCCAGUUAUAUAUUAGGUCUUCCCCAAACCCAGUUAUAUAUUAGGUCUGCCCCAAACCCAGUUAUAUAUUAGGUCUGCCCCAAACCCAGUUAUAUAUUAGGUCUGCCCCAAACCCAGUUAUAUAUUAGGUCUGCCCCAAACCCAGUUAUAUAUUAGGUCUGCCCCAAACCCAGUUAUAUAUUAGGUCUGCCCCAAACCCAGUUAUAUAUUAGGUCUGCCCCAAACCCAGUUAUAUAUUAGGUCUGCCCCAAACCUUUUUUCACACACUAAACCAUUGACAUCAAGACUAAUGUGUGUUUUUCCCCUCCACUUUUCUGCCAAAUUCUCAUAACGUCGUCACCCACACUGCUGCGGUCAUUCUCAGUGGCAAUACGUUGUUCGAAGUGGCUAGAGAGGAUGAAUUAAUGAGAGAAAAAUCAUAUAGUAUUGUAAAAAAAAUAAUAUGCUACUGAAAAUACGAGGAUAGACUUUUCAUCCUUAUAGGAUCAAUCAUGAAAGGAGUUUGGUUAAACUUCAUUCAUACCAUCAUUUAAUGAGCGGAAACGAAGAACUGGCACCUGUAAGCGAUUCCUCGUACAUAUGCUGACCCUCAAUUUCUGCCUACGGGUUUUCUUUAUAUCUGAUUAAAGAGAUGAAGUCCAGACUGUAACUUUCUGUAUGGAAAUGGUUAAUUAGCACACCGAAACGGUUAAUUAGCACACCCACCCACCUAAAUAGGAUCCAUCAAUCAAAGCUGCCUGCAGCGUAUUUCACUCAGGACACAUAAGCAAAUCACAUUUUCUCCUAUCUCAAAAAAAAAAGGAUUUAAAAAAAACUAAAAACUUUGCUUUAGCUUCAAAUCCUUUCUGUGAGAAAUAAAAAAAAACGAGUCUAUGUUAUAAGAUAAUGCUAAAUGAAAACGUAGCCAUGUCAUGUAAAUUGAUGAGGAAAGUUUUAAUGGGGAGAUAUAGAGACAGCUGUGAUAUAUAUAGGCUAUAUAAAGAUGACAUUGACAACGAUUAGAAAAUAGAUACAGAUAAACAAAUCAAAUUUAUUUAUAUAGCCCUUCGUACAUCAGCUGAUAUCUCAAAGUGCUGUACAGAAACCCAGCCUAAAACCCCAAACAGCAAGCAAUGCAUGUGAAAGAAGCACGGUGGCUAGGAAAAACUCCCUAGGAAAAACUCCCUAGAAAGGCCAAAAACCUAGGAAGAAACCUAGAGAGGAACCAGGCUAUGAGGGGUGGCCAGUCCUCUUCUGGCUGUGCAGGGUGGA